AUGGUCAACUCUCGCCUCCCCGACAGGCCGACAGACCGACAGCGUCGCCUCUUAGUCCCAACCCAUCCAGAGAUCGCAUCGGUCUCAGAGUUAUCUUCCUUGGGGGAAGUUUGA